UAUCGGUUAUACGAUAAAUCUGGCAGCAUUGGCCCGGUGCUUUUGUUAGGAUUUUUCAAUUAGAUUUUUAAUAUUAGUUUCAUUUAUAAAAGGAAACGGAUACGGAGGUGGAGAUUCUGGUGAAGAUUGGCAAUGAGCAGCGGCACCGCCGGCUGCAAGCGCGUGCACAGCAUCGAGGUUGAGCAGCCGCUGGAGUCGGAGCGGGUGGAGCACGGCCUACUUCUGGUCAAGGGAAGAUUGGUGCCCAAGUGUUCCACGGCGCGGCAACUGAAGGCCACCCUCGAUCUGCCCGAGCAUUUGUCCCGUGAACAAUUGACCCAGCUAUCGUCCACUGGCGAGUUCAAGCUACUAUUCGACUUGGAACACGGUGAUCCAGAGGAGAGAGCCUGCCUCUUAGAAUUGCGUUCCUGCAGCGCCGCCCGUUCGAUUUGUUUCAAGCACAAGCCCCGCAAAAGCUCCUACCGGGUGCAACCGCUCUAUCUACUUUGCCGGGACGAGGAGAAGCCUCUGGAGCAGGAACGUGAAGUGCAAUCCCAAAUUGAUCUCAAUUUGCGUUUGGUACAAUCCAUCUAUGCCCACAAAUUGCAGUCAGCUGGCUUUCCCAAUCGCACAUUUACCCUGAAUGGACAGUGUUGCUCCUUCCGAAGCCAAUUGACCAAGAAACAGGCGCUAGAAAAGAGCGAGGACGAGCUGUGGCAGCACUUUGCCGGCGAAAUCAUCGCCUGUCCGCAGUGGGGCCAACAACUCCUUCUCAAGUUCGUGGCUUUUGUAGGCUGCACACGCUACGACGGUGAAGGAGUGUUAGCCAGUGGUGACUUCUCGUAUGCCAACAUCCGGCGACAUCUGAAAGGCCACGCUGCUCUCGGGGGCGGCGGACUGGCGCUCUUUGGCAGUGCCCACUUUUACGCUUGGCCCAAGAGUUUUGCUGAGAUCGGCGACUGUGUGCGGAGCACCGAAAGGGUGGACAUUGCCCGUCUACCAGACGAAAGCAACUAUAGGCGAACUUACGGCGGCGUAUAUGCCAGCACCUUGGGUGCCGUGUGCCACGAACUGGGCCACUGCUUCGAUCUGGGCCACACCACUGAGGGGGUGAUGGGUCAGGGCUUCGACUAUCUGAAUCGUGUGUUGACUGUGGACCAGCCCACAGAGCAUUUGCCCCAGAGGAUUGUGGAAUCGAGGAGAUCAGCGGGAUCUGUUGCUCCUUCAUCGGAUGGGGGAUCCUCAUCUGGCAACCGUCCUCGCUUCACCAAACUAAAACUGCAGCCCAGUAGUCAGCUACUGGACAACUAUCACAACCAAAGACUUAACGAUAGCUUCUAUUUUGCUCGCAAUUGUGCCGUGAUCCUGGCACAUCAUCGCUGGCUCAAUUUGGAGCUGGAGGAGACAGCCGCCGCUAGCUUUGAACCUGCUGAAAUCAAAUUGAGCUUCGCCACCAGAGAGAUCGUGUCCAGCAGAUCCAUUCGGCUGGUCGAGCUGCGGUGUAACCAGAACAGCCUAGUUGCCCACUACGAAGAAUUUGAAGGGACAUCCACGCUUCGCUUUCAGCUGCCCGCUUCCCUGUGGCAUCUCCUCGCGGAGCAGUGCACCCAUUACGUUUUUGUGCUGACCACCAGUGGUGACACUAAGCGGCUUUCCUGCGACUCCUAA